GCUCGCGGCGGCGUUGACUAGGCGGGAGGCUCCGUUCGCGAGGCCGGGAUUUUUGAGCGGGCUGGGGGUGGUGAGGAGGGCAGGCGGUUUGGGGCUGCUUCGCGACCCUCCUCGCCUGCUGGGCGCCCCGGCUGUGGCUGAAUGGCCGCCCUCGCCCCUCUGCCUGUUUGGAAGGGGAGCUGUUCCUGAGUUUCCCCUCAGUGCAGAAACUGGAUGGCUUCUAAUGUGAAUCUCAAGCUGCACAAAGGAAUUCUGCUGGAGGACGGCAUGCCAGCUGCAAAGAAGCCUAGGAAACUCCUGCCAAGUUUAAAAUGCAAAAAGCCCCAGGAUCUCGUCCUAGUGAUUGGAACUGGCAUCAGUGCAGCAGUGGCUCCCCAAGUGCCAGCCUUGAAAUCUUGGAAAGGCUUAAUCCAGGCCCUGUUGGAUGCUGCGAUUGACUUCGACCUCCUGGAAGAGGAGGAGAGGAGAAAAUUUCAGAAGUGUCUCGAGGACAAUAAAAACCUCAUCCAUGUUGCUCAUGAUCUGAUCCAGAAACUGUCUCCUCGCACAAGCAAUGUCCGUUCUUCAUUCUUCAAAGACUGCUUGUAUGAGGUCUUUGAUGACCUGGAGUCCAAGAUGGAAGACACUGGGAAGCGGCUCCUGAGGUCAGUGCUUCACCUGAUGGAGGACGGCGCCCUUGUUCUGACCACCAACUUCGAUAACUUGCUGGAAAUUUAUGCAGCUGACCAAGGGAAACAGCUUGAAUCUCUUGACCUCACUGAUGAGAAAAAGGUCCUUGAGUGGGCACAGGAGAAGAGGAAGCUGAGUGUUCUUCAUAUCCAUGGAGUCUACACGAAUCCCAGCGGAAUUGUGCUUCAUCCUGCUGGUUACCAGAACGUCCUACGCAACGUAGAAGUUAUGCGAGAGAUCCAGAAGUUGUACGAAGCCAAAUCUUUCCUGUUCUUAGGCUGUGGUUGGACUGUGGAUGAUACAACCUUCCAAGCACUCUUCCUUGAAGCUGUGAAACACAAGUCAGAUCUGGAGCAUUUUAUGCUUGUGCGUCGUGGAGAUGUGGACGAAUUUAAGAAGCUCCGAGAGAACAUGCUUGACAAAGGGAUUAAGGUCAUCUCCUAUGGGGAGGAAUACUCGGACUUGCCAGAAUAUUUUGAGAGGCUGGCAAAUGAGAUCUCCAACUGGAAUCAAGCAGGUUCACGACAGGGGGGACACCUGAAUGGCACAGAUACUGUGCGUAUUGAAAACAAAGGUACAGAACUUACUUAAUAUUCAGAAUUCCUUGCAGUCAGCUGGGAAGAUAAAUCUUUCUAACCAGCAGCUACCACUCACACUAAAAUUGUCUUUUUACGUGUGGUAGAAGCUUAGGACUCAACAUAGCAGAAAGUACCUUACAGGGAUGGAAAAUGCCCUAAGAAGAACGGCAGUAGAUACUUCCCUGCUUCAAAACUCCCAAUAAGGCAGGUUAAGGUGGUGUUUUUUGUGUGAUUGUUCUGUGUUAGCAGAGAAAAGUGAAGAAAAGCAAUAAAUCCAAUGGUGUUUAUUGCCACCGGACUAAUUUAAAAACUUUUGUUUCUUAGGGAAGAAUACUUGUUAAAAGGGAAACUGCUGUGUUUUACAGGAUACCUUAGCCUAAGAACUCUCUGAAACCUGGUUUGAUCAGGUGAAACAGAUUGCGCGUUUCCUGUGUGUAGAGUAACUAGGGCAACAUCCAGGUAUUUGUCCAUUCAUUUGCCAGAGAUUGGACCAACUGGAUGAAACCUACAGGACACACUGAUAUUGUUCCUGAUGAAUUAAUGCAGAAAAACACACUCCUGAUCGUUUAAUAGACCCUGAUGCUGAGGAACAGGAAGCACAUUCCACAGCAUGUUUUCCCAGUUCUGUUCUUUGCUAGAUCCCCUUGUGGAAAAAAAAACUUAGCCUGUUUAAGCAUCAAGAAUCCUUAGGGGGUGAGAGGCAUCACUUCUGCUUAGAUAAGUAAUACGAUGCAUGGAGGAUCUGUACUUUAUACAAACCGCUCUCCUCUCAUCCAUCCCUCUUACAGGAGAGAAUUUCUCAAAGCUGCCGUUAAGUUACCUCUCUGUAAAUUCAGGGUUCUACAUGAAGGAUGUAUGGUUGAGAUAAUUGGUGAUUUGCCAUAUGGUGGUAGACUCAAAACCUGUGCCUUUUCAGUCUUCUGGGAGCUAGAAGUUAAUCCUGUGCACCAUUUUGUGUGGUUUCCAGCCAGCCUUUUUUAUAUGAUUCUCCAUAUUCUUAAGAAUGUCUCCCUUCAGUAAGGACAGACAACAACUGAAGAUACUCGGGGAGUAACUAAGAACGCUUGGCAUGUUGCCAGAGCAAGUGGCAUGCAGGUCCUGUAGUUAUAUGACUGCAUGGCUGUCUGAGGAAUUCUGGGAAUUGAAGUCCAUACAACUUAAAUGUUGCUGAAGUUGGGAAACACUGCAGUAGAUUUAAGCCAUUAUAUUUCCUUUCGAGAGAGAUUUUCCCAGACAUGUUUAUUCAAUCUGAUCUCAUUUUCUAUUUAAGUUUUGUAUUUAACAAAACCAAUCCUGUCAAAACUGAGUUUAUUACCUCUAUUUUGAUAUUCUGUAAAAAUUUAGACUGAGUCAUGUGAACAUUUUUUAAAAAUGUAAAGGUCUAAUUUUCUAAAACUUUUUUACUUUGUAUAAAUUCGAACCUAGGAUUUUUUUAAAAGUUCAUCUGUCUCUGAUUUACAUAUAAAUUAUGGCUGCUAAUCAUGAUGGUAAUCAGCAUAAUAUGCAUACAGUACUUUUCGUUCACUAACUCAUGGUUUACAUAGCUAUCCAAAUUCUGGGUUGGCACAAUAGUGUACUAAAAUAAUAGUUGACUAAUUUGUGGUUUACCUGUUCGAUGAAUGCUGGUCUGAAGCUAGCUUAGCUAGAUUUAUUUCACUAUAUUUUGUCUGCUUUUAUAUAUUACUAAAUUGUGAUCUUUUAAAGCUAUUGUUUACUGACUAAUCUAAUCUGGUGGUUUGUAUAUGACACUAAGCCAAAAAUAAACCAAGUGAAGGGUUGGUG